AUGUCACAAGAUUCAUUAGUGCUGUCGCCAAUUUUGGGUGGAUAUUUACUUCAGAAGCCAUUUCGACCUGAAUGUCCAAUUUGUCAAGAUGAAUAUUCGGACAAAGUCGAUAACAAGAAAUCGUUUAUUUUCCUUUAUUUCUUAAACGAAUUGCCUGAAAUGACUCGUCAACUAGAAGAAAUGGAUAAAACGGGAUAUCGUUUUUGUGAGGAAUGCAAGGGAUUGGAUGUUGUCGACAGAAUGUUUCGCUGCAACGGAUGCGUGUUGAAGCUUUGCGGCACUUGCACUCACAGAAGACAUCGAUCACACGAAACGAUGACUCUUUUAGAAAAUGAGGUUAAUCAAAUGUCGGAGAAGCUUCGUUGUGUUUCAUUUGAUGAGAUCAACAAGUCGGUGUUUCCGGUUCUUCACAAUGAACUUAUUAAUGAUAUCCACUUAUUUGAGGAGAAAUUUAUUAACCAAGUCGAUACUCUUACGACUGUUGUUACUUACGAAGGAUUGCAGAAGGAUCACAAAGAGUGCAUGAAGCUGAAGACGGACUUUGAGGCGUGCUCAGAAGAAUAUAUGCGAGAGUUACUCAAAUACGACGCAAAGAUUAAGGUGGGC